AUGUGGGGUGUUCCAAUUCCAAGCUUCAAGCUUCAAGCUGAGCUGGCUGACUGCCUAGAGAAUAAAGACUCAGCAGUCACUUUAAUUCAUCCUGACACACAGUACACUAACAACAAAUUUGUAUUCAUGAGCAUGGCUUCUCAUACUUCGAGUUUUCAGACACAAUCCUUGUACUUGGAGAAACUCUCGGAACUCGCGAAAGAAGACCUUAGAUAUUCCGCACUCGACUACGAAAUUCGGAGCACCGGAAGUGAUUCUUCCGAUGGUGGCUGGGCUAUCAUCAAUGACACAAGUUCUGAUGCAGGCGUUCUUUCUCAAUCUAGCAAUUUCACCUUCGAUACUGAACAUUCCAGAUCAUUGUUCUAUAGCAAACUCAAGACCAUUACACCUGAGAUACGUAUGAGAGUGAUUUUCUUCCUGACGUGUAAUCUUUUUGGCUUCAACGGAAAUACAAAAGAGUCUCACCGACCUCAAAUACUAAAGCCUGCCACAGUUGAGAUUCUUGGAAGUUUGUAUAAGGUCGCGGGUGGCGGACUUGACGGAGUUGAACAAUAUUCAAAACUUGAAUUUGAAUAUGCUACAGAGUUCCAAAACCCCUGUUGCAUGAUAUACUGCACAAAAGAUGCGACUUUGAAUACCGUGGUGAUCUACUAUCACAAACUUCUCUUUCGUAGUGUGGAUAAAGACAAAGAAACUCCUAAGAAAGCCGAAGAAUUUUUGCACGCAAUCACGCGAUUCUGGGAUGGAAUGACCAACUCGGAAGUCGAAUCCGCGGCGCAAAACCCUUUGGAGCUCUUGGUGCCAGUAAUUAAAGACAUGGAGGACUAA